AUGGAAUAUAAUAUACGUUCUCAUGAUGAUAGUAUAAAUGAAGUCGUUUUAUCUACGUUGAAAGAGUUAGAUGAUACUUUUUUUGCCGAUUAUUCAGAUUCUGAAGGCGAAGAAUCUAACUCUGUAUUAGACGAUGAAUCAAUAUCGGAUGAUGAUUUUCCUGAUAUUCCUUUAAAUAAAUUAAAUGAAUUUAACUUUUGA